UGGAGGGUGAGGGUAACGGCGGGUCGAGCGGGGAUGCCCUAUCCCCCGAUCUUUGCUCUUCGGCGCCUGGUCUCAAAUUCAAGUUUCGUUUUGCCGCGGUUUGUUUCUUUCGUUCCGUUUCUUUUUUAAUUGAAUUGCCCAGCUGAAAUCCCUGAAGAAGGGGAGGAGAUCGAUAGGAAACCAUGGCCACCAGCAGCAAGCCUGCCUUCGACGGCCAAUCGCUUGAAGAGUUCUUCGCAUCCUUCGCCUACAAAGGAGGAGGCGGAGGACAUGACGAUGGUAUCAGGAAGAGGAACAGCAGCGGAGGAGGAGGAGGAGGAGGAGGAGGAGGAAGGGUUGAUAAAAGAGUAGGACAGGGAUGGCGCCUCCUCAGCCCUAACAACAGCAGCAGCAACAACAGCAACAACAACAAUACUCCUCCUCCACCACCACCACUACCAUCAUCGUCGCUCCAGAGCACUACCAAUAGGAAGAAGACCACCAUGACAAGACCGGCGAGCAUCCUCAACGGCCUGUCGCCUGCCGAGUUCAUUGCAUCCUUUGCCUACAAAGGAAGAAGGGUUGAUGAUAGAAUAGGAAAGGGAGAAGACCUCCUUAGCCCCGGCACUCCUCCUCCACCGCCGUCUCUCAGGAAUAGGAAAAGGAAGAUGACAGCCGCCUCCACCACCACCGUCAGACGGGUCACCCGUUUCUUCCCCUGUCCUGCCGAGAGGUUUGUCGUCGUUGAUGUCAAGAAAGAUAUCACUGGGAAGGCGAAAGCCUCAUCCAGUGGCGCGGCCACCAGGAAGAGGCCAAGGACGACGGGCAACAAAGGCAGGACGGAUGCAAACAGGCAGCCGCAGAAACGCAGCAAGGGGAGGAGAAAGCGGCGCAGCAUCCAGCUAUCUGCCGAGGAGAAGUACUCGGACGCCUACAGGAGAGUCAGUGAUCACGAUAUGUGGGAUGCUCCGCGGUCGUCCCACAACCUCCUGCAAGAAAGACACUGCUUCGAUCCCUGGAGGGUCCUGGUUAUAUGCAUCCUGCUCAAUGUAACAACGGGCGAUCAGGUUCGAAAAGUAUUGCCAGGUUUUUUCCUUCAGUUUCCUGAUGCAAAGUCCGUGAACAAGAAACUGAAGGAGCAGAUAGUGGAUAAGUUGCGGAGCCUGGGCUUGCAGUGGAAGCGUGCUCAGUUGAUCAUUGAUCUUUCUGAACGUUACUUGAAAGGUGACUGGACUCAUGUGACCCAGCUCCCUGGCAUUGGCAAGUAUGCUGCUGAUGCAUACGCCAUAUUUGCUGCAGGCAAGCUAGAACAGGUGAAACCCCAAGACCAUAAAUUAGUUGAAUACUGGAAGGAAGUUGGCGAGAUGUUAUGCAGAAAAAGCUGACUGUCACGAGUCCUUUUGGAGCUUAGUUUUAUGUUUGUAAUGGUGGAUGUUUUGUUUACUUUUGAGGUGCCAGUUGGCAUGAACGCUUGACAGCCAGUUAGAGGCAUCUGAGUUCUCUCUUUUGAUGUAAAGAAUGACAAGAGGUAUGCAUCUGGUUUGGCUUUAUCUAGUUUUGUAAGCUAUGAUUUCGUGCGUCUAUGGUUCAGGUUACUGAUUGUCUCUAUGCUGAUGGCACUGCUGGGGUUUAUGUUCUCUCAUUGGUUAGGUUUAUGCUUUGGAAUUACUAAUAACUAGUUUGUGUCGUAUGAUGCAUGUGAGAGGACUAUGUUUAGCUCUUGUUAAACUAUACAUGUACUACAUGGGAUGACUGAUCGUAUGUGAUUUAUUGGUCGAAA